CUUCACUUCCCCCAACUUCCACAAGUUUCAACGCCUGCGACGAUGUUUGGCAUGAUCUUUCAGGUUUCUUUGCUGAUCAUAAACGCAAUUGCGAUAUUGAACGAAGACCGCUUUCUUGCAAAAAUCGGAUGGCUAUCAUCUUCGCGACAAGUCCGGGACGCCAAUACGGGAUUUCAACAGUCCUAUGAUCAGACAACCUAUGGUUCAGGUUCAAGCGAGGUUGGGAUGAAGGAUAGAUUAGUAGAUCUCAUCGGUGCUGUGAGGACUCUUAUGCGAAUACCGCUCAUAGCCAUUAAUACCUUGGUCAUCUUAUAUGAAUUAGUUUGGGGAUAAUGAACUGUCCUUCCCACUGCGAAAUGAUGACUAUUAUCCUCAAUUUAGGCAAGAAGUCCGAAUGUCCCUGCUCUUGGUCUAAUCAUUUCCUAUUGAGCCUUUCAUAUUCUUCCUCAAUUUGUCUUACAAAAUCAUUAACUGUGUGUCCUUUCUCACACUCCUUCCAUGUUCCAUCAUGGACACAGACCUUCCGGCCACUUAUGAGGAUUGUGCAACUUUUUAUUAUCCCCAACUCUUGACCCAGGGAUGCGCUUUCCUUGAGCAGCUGAACUCCCUCUCUUCCCCUUCCACUUCCAUCAAGGCCAGCGCAGUAUCCUGCCCCUCCGUUCUCCCAAUCGAUUCUGGCUGUUUUUGCACAUUUAAGGGCAACAUCCGAAUCGCCAAUAUUUUCGCGGCCUUGAUAGUUUUGGCAUUGAACGAACUCCCACCAAUUUUCCGGGGGCGCAUAUUUCGCGACACAGAGCUGCUGAACAUUUCCAG